GGGUCCUUGCAGCCGCGACCGUUAGCUUAGCAGCAGCUAGUCAGCAAUCGGCUGGUGAGAGCCUGAGCAUCCUUCUAGAAAAAAUACCAGUGAAAGUGAAAGAUACGGACUACUCUCAUACAGCUAACGUUAAAUCAGACAAAGGAAAUCUCUUUGAAGACAAGAGUAUAAAGAUGCCUUCAGCGAUGGUUGGCAACAGUGCUGUUCAGUCUGCCAUUCCAGACCUGGGAAAUGGAAGUCAUUUUGAGACCAUGAAGCAGGUUCUUGGUGUGAUUGAGAAGAAGGUUCGCAACAUGGAAAAGAAAAAGUCCAAACUGGAUGACUAUCAGGCAAAGAAGAACAAGGGAGAAAGACUGAACCACGAUCAGCUGGAGGCCUUGUCGAAGUACCAAGAGAUCAUCAACAAUCUUGAGUUUGCUCGAGAAUUGCAGAAGAACUUCCUGGCACUGGGCCAAGAGGUUCAAAAAGCAGUGAAGAAGUCAGCAAGACGGGAACAGCUGCAGCGGGAGGAGAUGGAACAGCGGCGGCUGAAGACAGUUUUGGAGCUACAAUUUUUAUUGGACCAGUUGGGAGAUGACAGUGUCAGGCAGGAGCUCAAACAGCCUGAUGCCACCGGUUCCCCCUUGCUCACUGAAGCUGACUUAACAUCGCUUGAUGAGUUUUACAAACUGGUGGGACCUGAUAGAAACAAUGACAUCAGGUUGACUGAACAGUAUGAAGAGGCAUCACUACACUUGUGGGAACUGCUUGAGGGCCGAGACAAGGCUGUGGCAGGGACCACAUACAAGGCACUGAAGGACACUCUGGACAAAGUGGUGCGGAGUGGUUACUUUGACAGAGCACAAACUCAUCAGAAUGGGACGUGUGACUUGGAGGAGCAAGAGGAGCAGACUGUGGCGGCUGAGUCAAAGGAUGGGAUGCAGCCAUCAGAACCUGAAGGAACAGCUACUGAAAAAUAUAUAGAGCCAGUUACAGUGGAAACCACAGAGUUUGUAAACAGACAGUUCAUUCCAGAAACAACGUACAGCAGUACAGACAAAGACCAAGUGGACGAGUGGACAGUCGAGGCUCAGAUGGUGAAUUCCCUGCAGCACCAGACCCCUGCCCAGCUGGCUACAGAACCCAACAUUGCUGUAAACCAUAUCACUCCCACUCCGGCUAGUGACCCAGUUGUAAGAAAGCAGGCUGUGCAGGACCUCAUGGCCCAGAUGCAAGGAACGUACAACUUCAUGCAGGACUCCAUGUUGGAGUUUGACGGUCAGGCUCUGGACCCUGCCAUUGUAUCUGCCCAGCCAAUGAAGCCUGUGCAGACUGUAGACCUGCAGCAGAUGGGCUGUCCUUCAGCCUUAUCGGAGUCCAGGCUUCCUCAAACAAAUGCAGUGUCUGGACCACAGGAAUCCUCACAUGCCUCGAUGUCUCUGUCGUCUGAGCAGUCCCCUGCCCCAUGUUCCCUGUCCCCUGCCUUCCCACCUGUCUCCAAACCCUCUCACACUGGAGGCAUCAAUGUCAAUGCAGCACCCUUCCAGUCAGUGCAAGCGGUAUUUAAUAUGAAUGCACCUGUACCUCCAUCCACUGAUGGCCAAGGAGAUCCUCUGAAGCAGCCCAGCCAGUUCCCUGGCGGCUAUGGGCAGGGCUUCAGUAGCCAGUCAGAGAGUACUGUAGACCAGCCUGACAUCCCACAGGAGACAUUACAGUCAGUUGUUGCUGGGUUCCAGGCCCAAGACCAGGUCUUGCCUUCAGCAGGAGGCCAUGAGGAGUCCUCUCCGGGACAGUCCUUUUACAACAGCAGGGCUGUGUCCAGGGGUGGACCCAGGAACACUCGUGGCAUGGUGAACGGGUAUCGGGGCUCCUCAAAUGGAUUUAGAGGGGCAUAUGAAGGCUAUCGUCCGCCUUUCUCGAAUGCUCCCAGCAGUGGUUAUGGUCAAACCCAGUUCAACACGUCUCGGGACUAUUCCAAUAACACUUAUCAGCGGGAGGGAUAUCAGCAAAACUACAAGCGAGGAGCUGCCCAAGGACCUCGAGUCAGAUCGAGAGUCGAUGGUGGUUUUGGAGAGACGAGUCCUACCUGUCACUGAGCCCAAUCACAUUUUGAACUAGCAGGAUGCUGUCUCUUGUGGGCCCCAUACUGUCUAGGUAACAAUGUAAUUAUGUAAUGAAAGACACUGUGUAGGUUUGGUAUAAUCAUGGUAUAAACUUCUUUUUGCCUUCAACCUGUCCAUUCUUAAAUGUGUGUACUGGCAGAUGAUGCCUGAACAUUUGCCCCUCGAGAUGAAACAAUAGGAACAAACCUUGCAAGGACAAAUUUGUCACUUAAAAUUAAAUCCACUUUGCCACAGCGAUGCUAAAGCUUUCUGUUUCGUCAAAUGAUGUGCCACUGCUUUACAUUUAUCGUGCUGUAUGUAUGGAUUGUGUUUUUCUUAACUUUUAUUUUACAAUCAAUCUGUUACACAAAUUGUCAUAACUGUUUUAUUGUCUUGAAAUGAGGUGUACAGUAUUGUCAAAUGACUCUCUUAUCCAUCAGCAAGCCAGCAGAAAACACAGUUUGUACAUCUUGUGCAAAAUAGGAUGCAGUAUUGUCUCAAAGGAACACUUGGCACACAGAAAUCAAAUGACAUUGCAAAAAAAGGACAGUAUGUAUUCCAUGUCCUAAUUAUGUAUGAAGUAAAACCACAUUUAAGGCAGACCUGUUGUUUCACCAGAUACAACCAAAACCUCCUUCAGUAAAAAGUGCCAAUCUGCCAGCUAGAAGAAAUCACAAACAUACACGAAAAAAGCAACCUGGAUAGCACAGCAAUUACACCAAACUGGUAUUCUGUGGGGGG